AGAGGAUCCGAGAGCAAAAGCGAGCAUGGCGUCGUUCAACUUCGACUUUGGAGAGGAUGAGCUGGAUGAAGAUAUUCAGAAGCUGGGGCUUGGAGGAGAGGCGGGGAAUGCGCAAGACGAGAACAGCAAGAGAGAGGGGCAAGCUGCAGAAAAGGGACCGAGGGUAGAGGCCAAGGAGCUCAAAUUCGACGAUCUGCUUUAUCAUCUUCCCCCGCGGAUUUCAUACUCAAAGGUCAGAGUGGACCUCGGAACAGAGGGCGAGGCGGCAACAGUCUACCGACGCGACCUCUUCGAUGCCCGUUUCCAGCUGCUCAAUGACGGCGAAGACGAGGAAGAGAAGCAAGGAGAAGGCAAGUGGAGCGCUGGAGCAGAUUCCGACCUCGUUCCUGGAGUGUAUGAAGGCGGUCUCAAGACUUGGGAAUGCUCCCUGGACUUGGUGCAGGUGCUCAAGAAGCGCGCGACACCAGUUAACGGUAAGAGUGUCCUGGAGCUCGGUUGCGGCACGGCCGUCCCAUGUCUCUACCUUUUCUCCGAUCUCUUGGCUCUGGAACCACCUAAGGAUGAUAGCCAGAAGAAAGAAACAACCUUUACGCUCUGCGACUUCAACGAGCAGGCACUAAAGCUUGUGACACUACCCAAUCUCUUCUUGGCCUGGUACUUUUCGCCGUCAAAUCCUCAUCAAGACGCUGAUUCAGGCGACGUAGAGCUUGACGACGAGACCAUCGACUCAUUCAAGAGUGCACUGGAAGCUCGCAGAAUCUCUUUGCGGUUCUUCUCAGGACCAUGGCAAGGGUUAGCAGACGCCGGCGCUCUCACGACACCGUCUGCGGGAAAGCACGAUGUGGUCGUCACAUCUGAGACGAUCUACUCGCUCGAGACAUUGCCCAUCCUCGUCGAUGCACUCCAAGCAGCAGCAGGAGGCGCGCGAAAGCCAGGAUCCGAAUCAGAAGAGAGCCAAAAACAGGAGACGCUUUGCUUAGUGGCUGCAAAGGUCCUCUACUUUGGUGUGGGCGGAGGUCUUUCAGCUUUCGAAGAACAGGUCACCAAAAGUGGUGGGAAUUGCGAGACGAUUUGGAAGACGACCCGAGGAGUGGGCAGAGUCAUCGAUCUUGUUCGUUGGUAGCCUUCCCGUCUCAAAUUGUACUUGUAGCAUCCUGCGCCAACCUUAACAUUGUCUCGUCACC